ACGCACUGUGCUUCGGUGCUACGUGUUGAGUAGAGGUGCUCCUUUGAAGGGGCAGGCGGAGGGAAAGCGAUCCGUCCCUUCAGUCCUGUGCUUCACUCAGCUUUUCUCCUCAGGAUACUUAUAUGUUUGUGUGCGAUUAAACUUUUUUUUUUUUAAAGCGAAAAGGAUCUCACCAACUUUAUAACCGGAAAAGAACACGAGAAGAAGGAUGGAAGAUUUCUAUUACGACGACGAGGACGUCGGCUUAAAUGACAGCUACGAUUACACCACAGAACACAGCGUCUGUGACAAGGAGGCGGUGCGCUCUUUUGGCGGCGUCUUCCUCCCCGUCGUCUACGCCGUGACUCUGGUGGUGGGCCUGGCCGGGAACGCCCUGGUGGUGGUGGUCUACGCGUCCAAGCUGCGACUGCGAACCCUGACGGACAUGUGCAUCCUCAAUCUGGCCAUUUCGGAUCUGCUCCUCCUCUUCACGCUGCCCUUCUGGGCGGCCGACGCCGUCCACGGCUGGAAGUUGGGCGUGGCGGCGUGCAAGCUCAACUCCUUCCUCUACGGCACCAACUUCAGCUGCGGCAUGCUGCUGCUGGCGUGCGUCAGCGUGGAUCGCUACCGCGCUGUGGCCCAAAGCCCCGCAGGCCGGCCUGGGUCGGCUCCCCGGGUCCGGACGCAGUGGACCCUGGUGUGCGUGCUCUUGUGGGCUGUGGCCGGCGUUCUCGGCCUUCCCGAACUCUUCUUUUGCACGGUGAAGCACUCCCACCACAGGAUGGCCUGCACGGCCGUCUACCCGCCCGGCAUGGGCCGGUCCGCGAAGGCCACCCUGGAGCUGAUGGAGGUGGCGCUCCGGUUUCUGCUCCCCUUCUUGGUCAUGACGGUGUGCUACUGCUCGGUGUGGCGCAUACUGAGCCGGGCGGCCGGCGUGCGGCGGGAGCGAAAGUGGCGAGCCCUACGCGUCCUGCUGGCCGUGGUGGCCGUCUUCCUGCUCACGCAGCUGCCCUACACCCUGGUCAAGCUGAUCCGGGCGAUGGACGUCAUCUACAUCCUGGUGACCGACUGCGAGGUCAGCAAGGGGCUGGAUCGCGCCCUGCAGGUGACCGAGAGCCUGGCGCUGGUCCACGCCUGCAUCAACCCCCUCCUCUAUGCCUUCAUGGGAUCGUCCUUCAGGGGACACGUCCUGAAGGCUGCCAAGCACCUUGGACAGCGACUCGGGAGACACCCGCGGCACGCCGGCGCGGAGCCGGCGGUGGAGAUGGCGCUCCGGACGCCGGCUGAACCGCAGUCGCAGUCCGGUUCGGACGACCAAGCCACCAGCACCUUUACUAUUUAACAGCCGAAUGACGGACACGUCGUCCUGGAAGCGGCUACACUACAUUGUAUAUUUAUGUAUUAACACGUUUACUGCCAUAAGUGAUGUCUGCCUAACAACCCUAUAGUCUGCACCUUAUUGUAUUACACCGCGUGGUUUCGGGAUGAGGGGGGGGAACCCAUUGAGUCAAAAAACAUUUGGCGAACAAAGACAACUGCAAAGAGCAGGACGCCUGCAGGUCCUCAAAGCGGAAUAGACUGACUGUCCACUGUAUGUAAUGAAAUACAAUGUUCAUUUGGUUGGUAUUUAAAUGCUCUCAGGCUGCUGAAGGAAUUCCCCUUUGUAAUGACUCCAUCAUGUGGCAUUAUGCUGAAGAUAAGCCCCUCCCCCUUUCACCAUGCAAAUAUAAACGCCAAGUGCUUAUAGAGAAAAGAAUGCAGGUCUGGGAGUAAUUUGUGUGCAUUACAGCUGCCAUAGCAACAUCUGCAAUAUAGACCCGCCCGUCUAGCUUCUCAGAGUCAGCCACAGACAUAAAAAGGGAAAAGUAAAGAAGUAUUGUGUUUGGAUUAUGGGUAACAUUUUUCAUAUGUGUGGUUCGGUAUUUUCCGAACAACAAAACGCUCCAACGACAGAAUGCAGAAAACUGCUGUGUAAUUAGAAUGCUGAGAUACUGCGUUCGAACCAAAAGGUGAUAAGUCUUAACUUUCUGCGUCGUCACAAGUGAAGAUGUUUUACAAAUGCAAACGGUUGCACAUAUUCCCCUGUGGGAACAAAGGCCAAAGGCCACAGACAGCGUAUACGGGGAAACGCCCAUGAUGUCAGUGAGCAGGUGGCGGGUCGACAACAUGUGAUACUUAUGAUGGAAUUUCCAGUCACAUUUUGUCUAGUUAGAUUUCUCCCAUUACAACUCAAAGUGUUUUGUUACUGUGCGGUGCACAUGCUUUGGAUACGGAAUCAGCCACAGAUAAGAGCAAGAAUAAAGUGAUAAACAGAUCAGAAGGGGUCAUUCUGUAAAACCAUACAGCUUCAUCAACAAGAGGGAAUUCUGUGCAGGUUCAAGUGACAAAAACAACAGGCCGCUGUUUUCCUUCAGUCCAAACCUAAAACCACAUCUGUGUCAGAGGAAACAUCUGGAAGAUCUUUCCGUUCAAAGUGCUUUAGGGGACGAUAGAAAUCUAAAAACAAUAAUGAUAUUCAUGUGAUAACAGUCACUUAAAUCCUAAAUACUUAAUUUAACAAUGUUAUUGAGCUCAAUAGUCCCUUAUAUCUGAUUAUGUAGUAAAUUUAACAGGACAUUAUAAACCAAACUCAAUAAAAGAGCCAAUGAGUGACUCACA